AUGCUGCGCGCCGUGCUGCCAGGCGGGAGCUGGUGGGACCUGCAGCAGCUGGCUGGACGGAAGGCAGCACGCGGGAAAUGGGCCAGCGGUAACAGCAGCAACGAUAGCAGCAGCGGUAGGGAUAGCAGUGGGAGUGGUGGGAGCGGGAAUGGGAGCCGCGGGGACGGGAAUCCACGGCGAGGCGAGCUGUGGGACGCCAUUCGCAAGCUCUGGCGGUUCUGCGCGCCCAACAGGACCAUGCUCCUAUCAGAGGUGGCCAUACCGCACUACCUAGCGGCGGCCAUAUUCAACGCGUCUCACGGGCUCACAGAUCAGUUCAACCACAACGUGCGCCUCCUCAUCGCCAUGACUCUUGCCUGCGGCCUCUUCAGUGGGCUGAGGGCUGCCUCUUUCACCAUUUUCAAUGUCCAAUUGAUGCGGCGAAUGCGGCUGGCGCUGUACGAGACGCUCAUCCGGCAGGACAUUGCCUUCUUUGACGGCCAGUCGGCCACCGCAUGCCCUCAUUCCUUCACCAUGCCCUCAUUCCUUCACCAUGCCCUCAUUCCUUCACCAUGCCCUCAUUCCUUCACCAUGCCCUCAUUCCUUCACCAUGCCCUCAUUCCUUCACCAUGCCCUCAUUCCUUCACCAUGCCCUCAUUCCUUCACCAUGCCCUCAUUCCUUCACCAUGCCCUCAUUCCUUCACCAUGCCCUCAUUCCUUCACCAUGCCCUCAUUCCUUCACCAUGCCCUCAUUCCUUCACCAUGCCCUCAUUCCUUCACCAUGCCCUCAUUCCUUCACCAUGCCCUUUCCCAAACCCCUCCUCCACUCCUCCUCCACCCCUCCUCCACUCCUCCUCCACCCCUCCUCCACUCCUCCUCCACCCCUCCUCCACUCCUCCUCCACCCCUCCUCCACUCCUCCUCCACCCCUCCUCCACUCCUCCUCCACCCCUCCUCCACUCCUCCUCCACCCCUCCUCCACCCCUCCUCCACCCCUCCUCCACCCCUCCUCCACCCCUCCUCCAUGCCUCCCAACCAACUCGCUGUUGUCCUUCUCUCCGGAUAUCCAGCCGAAGUGUCUUGGUGGUCCAAUAGUCCUUGCCUUCCUUCCGUGCUUCCUUGCUCUCCAUCUGCCCUGCUCUCUGCCUUCCCCGCUUCUCGUCUGCCCUGCUCUAUGCCUUCCCUGCUUCUCGUCUGCCCUGCUCUCUGCCUUCCCUACUUCUCGUCUGCCCUGCUCUCUGCCUUCCCUGCUUCUCGUCUGCCCUGCUUCUCGUCUGCCCUGCUCUCUGCCUUCCCUGCUUCUCGUCUGCCCUGCUCUCUGCCUUCCCUGCUUCUCGUCUGCCCUGCUCUCUGCCUUCCCUGCUUCUCGUCUGCCCUGCUUCUCGUCUGCCCUGCUCUCUGCCUUCCCUGCUUCUCGUCUGCCCUGCUCUCUGCCUUCCCUGCUUCUCGUCUGCCCUGCUCUCCGCCUGUCUCACCAUGCAGUUUCUCCCGACUGAGCUCCAUGGUGUUACAAGACAAUGAGGCAGCAGCCAAUGAGUUACACCCGUCCACACCCAUCCACACCACCAAUGACCCCACUUUCCAGGUUGCAGAGGAGACGGUGUCUCUCGUUCGAGUGGUGCGGACGUUUGGCACAGAGAGCGAGGAGGUGAAGAGGUACGACGAGCCUCUCCGGAGGCUAGUGGAGGUGCAUGCUGAUGGUGGUGCAUGGCCCAUGGUGGUGCAUGGCCCAUGGUGGUGCAUGGCCCAUGGUGGUGCAUGGCCCAUGGUGGUGCAUGCUGAUGGUGGUGCAUGGCCCAUGGUGGUGCAUGCUGAUGGUGGUGCAUGGCCCAUGGUGGUGGCAGUGGUGAUCAUGGCCGGGGGAGCGCUAACGACAGGGCGCAUAUCAGCGGAGCAGGUGACGCAGUUUGUGAUGUACGCGGACUGGAUGGCAUACAACAUGUGGUGUGCGGGCGACCACUGGGCCACCCUCGUGGACUCCAUCGGCGCCUGCCACCGCGUGUUUCAGCUGCUGGAUCUUCCACACCCAGAGCAGCUCAAUCAAGGCCAUGGCCGAGUGCUGCCGUCGCUGAGCGGCAAGCUGGAGUUCCGCGAUCUCUCCUUCCGCUACCCCACCCGCCCUGAGGCUCUUGUGUUGGAGGGCAUAAGCCUGACCAUCCAGCCAGGCGAGCUGGUGGCACUGGUGGGGCACAACGGCAGCGGCAAGAGCACCCUCCUUAGGCUGCUGCAGCGACUCUACGAGCCCACAGAGGGGCAGGAGCCCCUUCUAUUCAGCAGAGACUUGGCAUCCAACAUUGCAUACGUGCCCGAGGGUUAUGACACAGUGGUGGACAACGCGCGGCUGAGCGGCGGGCAGAAGCAAAGAAUAGCGAUUGCCCGGGCUCUAGUGCGCGACCCCACUCUGCUGUUCCUGGAUGAAGCUACGAGUGCUCUGGAUGCUGAGAGCGAGCACUACGUGCAGGUGAGGUGGGGAGAGGGGGUGGGGAUGGCAUUGAAGCAAGUCAUUCAUGACGACUCCCAUGCAAGUGGGAGCAGAAGGCGAACCAGAGUGGUCAUUGCAUACCGGCUAUCCACCAUCCGUUCUGCCGAUAGAAUAGUGGUUGUGUCUCAUGGGAAGAUCAUCGAGCUUCGCGACGAAGUGACUUUUGCUCAUCCAGUAGACGGAAUUCAGAGACAGAGAAGGAAGGAGCAGGAGGGAUCUGUUGACAUGAACUUGGGUAGGGUCUACGGUUCCGCUUUCCCUGCUCAGCUGCACAUGGAGCGGCAAAUACUUUCCAAAUUCAAGAGGUUGCCCGGUCUGCCAUCAUCCCACCUGGGCCUGCAUUCAAUGAUGGGUACUCUUGAUGAGCUCGCAGUGGAAGAUGUGGUUGGCGACAACACGCGCCUGCUUCGGAAGGCUCCAGAGGAGGAGGAGGAGGAGGAGGAGGAGGAGGAGGAGGAGGAGGAGGAGGAGGAGGAGGAGGAGGAGGAGGAGGAGGAGGAGGAGGAGGAGGCGAUGCAGGCGGAGGGCGUGCGGGAGGUGGCCGUGGCAACUGGCCUGGAGGUGCUGUACCAGGAGACCCCCAACUACCGCGGAGCGGCGGCCGAGGCUGACCGCAUGAUCGAGCCAAGGGAGACGGCUAGGCAUGCCUGGCGAGUGCCAGACCUGGGCGUAGAGCCUGUUGCUAGUGCUGCAGAGGAGGCGGUUACUGAGGGAGGUUAG